AGCUCUGUGUAUGUGGAAGACUCACACUAGUGGUGCUACACCUGAUGGCCCCCACUCCCUGUGGCUCCCGGAGCAGAGUUACCUUUGUAUGGAGUGGCCUCUCUCUGACUGUUCUGUCAGAGCUGUCCCUGCCAGGAGAGGAGCGCACUCAAAGGUGAGGUCACCUAAGCUGUUCCAGGUCCUGAGAGCUCUGGAGCAGGGUGAGUUUGGCAGCAACAGGGAGGAAAUUUUUGUUGCAUCCCGCGAUGCCUCCAGGGACUUCGCUGAUGAGGAUUCUGGGGAAGAAGACAGUGACCAGAGUGGUGCCCAGUUGCCUGGAUGGGUGCUGCAUGCAUUAGUCAUAUCUGAGGACUCAGACCCUGAGGAGGAGGAGGAGGACCCAGAGCUGCAGUCAGCCAAGAAAAAGCAGAAAGCAGAAGAAGGUGAGCCUCAGCAUGUUUGGACCAAGAGAAGAGACACCCAUCCAGGUUUUGGUAGCUGGAAAGCUUCGGAUCCUCAUAUAGAGGACCUCAAAACCAAGGAUCUGAGUCCCGUGGGCCUCUUUGAACUGUUUUUUGAUGACGGGACAAUCAGUUUCAUUGUUCAUUAAACCAAUCGUUAUGCUCGGCAGAAACAUAUCACCCUAGAUUUCACGGCCCAGGAACUGAAGUGUGUUUUGCGCAUCUUGAUUUUAAGUGGGUACAUCUCCUAUCCAAGGAGGUGGAUAUUUUGGGAGACAGCUCCUGACUCUCAUCAUGGACUCAUGGCUGAUGCUUUCAGAAGGGACAGAUUUGAGUUGAUCCUCUACCUUCAUUUUGCAGAUAACGGUGAAAUCGGUGGAAGAGAUAGGUUUGCCAAGGUCAGGCCCUCAUCAUGCUUAUGAACUGUGGCGGGGGAGCAGAAGCAUGCUCCCCUGAAAGAGCUCUACAGUUUUGGUGAAUCCAUCUAUGUACACUGGGGAUGCAAGCAUCUGCACUCCAGGAAGCCAGUCUGGCUGUGCUACAAGAUCUGGUGCGGAACAACCAGCAGAGGCUACCUGGUGUGGUUUGAACCUUCACAGGGCACUCUGUUCACCAAGCCGGACAGAGGCAGGGAUGUAGGGGCCAGUACAGUGGUCAGAUUUGUGGAUGCACUGCAGGAGCGUGGCCGCCUCCUGAACCACAUAUUCUUUGACAAGGUCUUUACACGUGUCAAAUUGAUGUCUGUUUUGAGGGAAAGGGGGGUGAAUGCCACAGGAACUGUUGGUGAGUACAGGACCGAGCGCUGACCCCUCAAGGAUCCCAAAGAACUGAGGAAAAUGGAAAGAGGCUCUUUUAACUUCAGGGUGGAUGAAAGCCAGGAGAUCACUGUGUGCUGCUGGUGCAACAGCCGCGUGGUAAGCAUCUGCUCUGACGCAGUAGGCAUAGAGCCAGUCGGGCUGCCCAGCCACCAUGUGGGAGCAGCCAAAACUCAGGUACAGGUCCACCAGCCAUCUCUGGUGAAGCUCUAUCAGAAAAAGGCCAGAGGGGUUGACUGAACGGAUCAGAGCAUUGCCAAGUACAAGGUGAAGAUGCAGGGCAUGACGCUUCCUCUGAACCUCACCAGCUACGUCAACCACACAGCCCUCAACAAUGCAUGGCAGUUGCACAGGAUGUAUGGCCAGGACAGGCAGCUGGACCCGCUCGCCUUCCACACGUAUGUGGCCUGCGUGUAUAUGGAGAGCAAUGCGGACACAUCCUCAAAGGGGAGGCAGAGCUGGCGGGUGGAAACUGAGAGCUGCUUCGAUAUCAUUGGACACUGGAUUGUCCAUCAGGACAGGAUCCAGUGUGCCCUCUGCCACUCACAGACUAACACCCGCUGUGAGAAGUGCCAGAAAGAUGUCUAUGCCAAGUGUUUCUGGGAGUACCACAUCCCAUGAGGCCUGAGACCUGCUUCUUCCAGCUAUAGUGACAUCACCGGGAGCACUUGCGUGUUUUCGUGGCACUUUUGACACCCAUCACUGAUGCCUACAUGCCAUGUGAAUGAGUAUUUAU